AUGUCCGGGCUGAACGAAAGAAGACUGGAAUCGCGUAGAAAUCGAAAAGCACUUGCUCGGUAUUCGGUACCUCUCCUCAUCGCGUCUUGGGACCUUGCCAACUGGCUUUACGAUAUACUCGAAGACAAGUACUAUAGCCCGGAAAGAUGCGAGGCCUAUGGUGAUGGCUGGGACGCGAAAUUUACUUCGUUCUUGUUUGGCCAGUACUUCGCUGGUGUACACAUCAUCCGCGAAAUGACGCAAUAUUUUGCACACAUAAGAGGCGAACGCGCACAUGUUUUGAAGAGACUUCUCUGGAAGAUCCAAGACGAGUUCAUAUCAAUGCAUUACAUAGGACGCGAAAGUCUGGAAAUCCGUUGGUUUGAAGGCGACCUGUUAAGCAUACAAGAACACAUGACCAUCUCUACUGAUCUCGACGGCGAUGGAAAUGAGGCUGAGCUACGCACAAUGGGAUGGGUCGAGUUUCAGAAGAACUACAUAGCAAAAGUUCCAGCAAACAAAGGUGACAAAUCAAAGGAGCUGAAGAAGGUGUUUGGGUGGUAUGAGGAUGGAUUGCAAAACAUCAUCUAUCGCCGUUUCAGAUACUUAUACUCGACUACAUGGGAGGGUAGGGACAAUCCCCAAGGAUACGAGAAGAUGAGAGAUAGUAUAACCAAUGAGAAAGAACUUGAAGUGUUGGAGAAAUACGAGAAGGACAUCCAGAAAGAGAGGCAACAAAACCCAGGAAUCAUUACUGUUAUACCCGAUCAUCGGAUUCGCCGCAUUCAGCACCUUCUGGUCGAUCUGACGAUCCUAUUGGACAAAGAAUCCGGCAUGGAGUUCAACCGCCCAGUACGAAGAUGCCAUAUGGAUGUUGGGGAAGCCGUGCUAUCCCACGACACUGUCUUGCUAGCUCACAAAGAUCGGGCUGCUGCGCUGGACGAGGGCACUGCUGUACUAGCUUACAAGAAUCCCAUACAGACCCAUGGGACUGGAGAGCCCUUCAGAUAUCGAAUCCUCUGCGAUUGCGCUUCUGCUGAAUGUAAUCCUGGAAAAGAAGACUUCAAGCAUCGCGAUCUGGAAUGGAUUUUUGAAGAUUUUUAA